UAGCACAUAUUAUAUGUUCGAUAUAAUUAAUUGUCAAUAUUACCAUUGUCUGUUUUUAUAAAAUCCUUGAGUUCUCAUUUAUCGGUUAAGUAAAUUCGUGGAAUGCCCAAAGGAAAGAGAACGAUAUUCUUGAAACGAUAAAGAUUGAUAAAUUUAAUCGAGAGUUAUUUUAAUUCAAAUUAUUAUUUAAAAAAUUUUUAUUAACUUAUAUUAUUAUUCAUUUCCAACGAUGCAAUUGUCCUUCUUGGUCGUGAGCCUGGCACAAAUCGUGUUCAAUCUACAAUAUGCACUUUCCCAAAAAGAAUGGAAUAAUAAAAAUGAGUACGCUUCCAACAAAUUGCCGCCAUCAUGUCAAAGCCAAAUCUACUGUGAAAGCGAAUUUUUACACGACGUACAAUUAUCAGAAGUAUUUGGAGAUUCGAAAGCGUUUGUUGACAUGAAACUUUUAUAUACGGAACCCGAGAUCCUAUCAAAGUAUAAAACGUUUAAAAAUAGUUAUAACGGUGUAGUGCCCCCUCAGUCCGAAUUGUCUAAGUUUGUCUAUGACAAUUUGGCAGGCGGGAACGAAUUAGAAGAAUGGGUUCCGACUGAUUUCGUAGAUGGUCCACCAAUAAUCGACCGUUUCAAGCAUACUGAAUUCCUAACUUGGGUUUUGGCAAUAAAUCGAUUCUGGCCCGCUUUGGGAAGAAAAGUCAAAGAUGACGUGAAGGAUCAUCCAGAAAUGUAUUCAACGAUCUGGGUUCCAAAUGGAUUCAUCAUGCCCGGUGGUAGGUUCGGUGAACUUUAUUAUUGGGACACUUAUUGGAUUAUUAAAGGGCUACUGCUGUGUGACAUGAAAGAAACGGCUAAAGGUAUCAUUAACAACAUCGUGUACUUAGUGGAUAAAUUUGGUUUCAUGCCCAACGGUGGACGAAUAUACUAUGUGAAUAGGUCGCAGCCACCGAUGCUUAUACAAAUGGCUUCGAGUUAUUACAAAUUUACAAAUGACUUAAAUUACAUAAGUAGUGUGAUUACCACCCUAGAAAAUGAGUUUCAGUUUUGGAUGGAUAAUCGGAUGAUAACUUUCGAGAAAAACGGUAAAUCCUAUACAAUGGCCAGAUACUACGGAGUGUCGAGAGGACCUAGGCCGGAAUCAUAUAGAGAGGACUAUAAAGUAGCCGAAAAUUAUGAUACCGAGGAAAAAAAAAAUGAAUUUUACGUGAGGAUAAAGUCUGCAGCGGAAACCGGAUGGGACUUUUCGAGUAGAUGGUUCAUUACUGCUAAUGGUUCAGAUCACGGUACAUUGUCUGAUGUCCAUACACCGAAUAUCGUGCCAGUUGAUUUGAACAGCAUUUUACAUUCAAAUGCCUUGAUAUUGAGUUCAUGGUUUCGUCUAUUAAAUGAUUAUGACAAAGCUAAUAAAUACAAUUUGAUAGCUGAAAAUCUUGUCAUUGGUAUACAAGAGGUGAUGUGGAGAGCCGACAAAGGAUGUUGGUGCGAUUGGGACUUGAUAAACAAUAAACAUCGUGAAUCCUUCUACAUGUCCAACAUUGUACCUUUGUGGACAGGAAGUCAUAAAAUCCCGAAUGAUUCGGUAGCUUACUCAGUGCUAAAAUAUUUGAGGGAUCAGAAUGUUAUCAACUCGAAUUUCAGCGUUAAUUAUAACGGAAUGCCAGCAUCUAUGUACAAAUCGUCAGAACAGUGGGACUUCCCGAACGGGUGGCCUCCUCUACAAGCAUUUCUCAUUCAAGGCCUAUACAACACACAACAUAAAUUGGCCCGACAGGUAGCAGCGGAUUUGGCCAAGGCUUGGAUAAAUUCGAAUCAUAAAUCAUUUAGCAACGGAGGGAUCAUGUAUGAAAAGUACAAUGUUACGGUGGUCGGUGGAAGUGGAGGCGGUGGUGAAUAUGCUCCACAAACAGGAUUUGGUUGGACGAAUGGUGUAGCUUUAGAACUGUUAAACCAGUGGGAUGAUUUUGUUGCCGACUCUUCAUCUGGACCACCGCCGAAAAACAGUUCCACGAGAAGGAGACGUGAAAGCUAUGCGAAAGAACUUAAUAAGAAAAUUUCGCUUUGAAACUGAUGCGGAUGUCAAAACAACUAUUACAACGUAAUGAAGCCAAAACUGCAUAAAAUUGAUACAAUUCCAGAAUUUUUAUAAUUCCUAUAAGUGAUGGGCAUAACCGAAUAAUUUGGACUACCAACUAUUAGUUAUACUUAUAAAAAUACUACCGAUUAAUUAUUCGACUAAUAAUAAACAUGACCGAAUGAUUCGGAGUGUCGAAUAUUAGUUGUACUUAUAAAAAUACUACCGACUAAUAAUAAGCACGACCGAAUAAUUCGGACUAUCGAAUAUUAAUUACAGUUUUAGAAAUACUACCGACUAAUUUUACUAUUCGCUAUUCGACUAAUUAUUUAUUAGUCGACUAAAUUAUUCGUCAAAUAAUAUUUUUGUCAUAAACCGACUAAUAAAUUUAUUCAGUACAACCGAUUUAGUCGGUAGUUAUUAGUUACUCAUGCCCAUCACUAAUUCCUAGUCUUCAGAAGGAUAUCAAUAGCAUAUAAUAUAUUAUAAUAGAUAGUUAAUUUUUUUAGUUUAGUACAAUCCAAGACCUCGACGUUGAACGUUUAGAGAAUUUAUAAGUAUGAAUAAAAAAUAUACUUCUUGGA